AUGGGGUCCGAAUAUGGUGCCACGGCUGAGUCUAAGGCCCAAAUUGAUCUCAGCCCCGUCACCAUCUGGUGGGCUGUCUGGGCAUGUGUGUGGACAUCCGCCCUCGUGGCCGGUAUGUCCUAUCUGAUCGCUAAUCGCGAUAUGCCAACACUUCGUAUUCGAGGCCUUGCUCUAUCGUUAACCUCUAUCGUUAUUCUUCAUUUAUACUGGAUCCCGACCCAGUUCGCUACUAUGAUCGGUACUAUUCUGCCGGGUGAUUGCUCCUAUUGGCUUAUGGGGACUCUGUUGCCCUGUGGCAUGGCGCUUUUCCAUGGCUCUAACACUCGUUUUCAACAUGUCGCUAAACUCCAGAGGAAAUAUGCUCUGGAUGGACACCGUUUUACUGAAUCGCCUACUUUGGAAAACAAGACUGGGCUGAUCAAUCGUUUCCGUGCUCUUGGAUAUACUACCAAGAUUCUUAUUUACGUCGCUAUCGCAAUGUUUGUUCAGGUGUUCCUCACGGUUCUCAUGUGGAUAAUCUCUCGCAAAUACCACAGUUCAUGGGGUAUUCCCGGUACCGGAGUCCAUGGUACCCCCGCAGAGGUGCUCGCAGCACAAGGCGCAGGAUGGGAAUGGUGGCCCGGUGUGGUCUCGCAGUUCUUCUGGUCUUGGAUCGUUGCCCCCGUCGUCUUGUGGAAAUCCCGUAACAUCCACGAUACCCACGGCUGGCGAGUCCAGACUAUUGGCUGUGCUGUUUCCAACCUUCACGCUACCCCGAUGUGGCUCAUCGGCCUCUAUGUCCCCGCCAUGGCCCCGGUCAACAAGGUCUUCGUUCCUCCUCAAUGGAUCUGCUUCUCCAUCAUGUUCAUCGAAAUCUUCACAGUCUUCCUCCCCUGCUGGGAAGUUAUGCGCCACCAAUCCCUCCGACAAGAAACCCUCGAGUCGAUCGCACGCUGGGAACUCAAAGUCAAAUCCACCAACUCCGAAGAAAAGUCCCUCCACUCCGACAUGACAGUGGUAGAAUCGAUUAUGUCCGGCUGGAAAUCCAACAGCUCGACAAGCACACUCAACUCGCGCGACAGCAUCCUCACAAUGGGCGCCCUCGAACACGUCCUCGAGCGUAACCCAGCCCCACUCCAAGAAUUCUCCGCUCUGCGCGAAUUCUCCGGCGAGAACAUCGUCUUCCUCACCAGCGUCUCAGAAUGGCGCAGCCGACUCCCACAAUGCAUCAAGGACGGCAGCGCACUGCACGAAAAGAACAAGCGCGACAUCGUCCGCGAAGGCUUCAACCGUGCGCUGCACAUCUAUGCCGAGUUUAUCAGUGUUCGCCAUGCCGAGUUCCCCGUCAACAUCUCACACCAGGAGCUGCGGAAGCUAGAGGAAGUUUUUGAGAAACCGACACGUCUUCUGUACGGCGAGCAACGCGACUGUGAUCCCACUAGUCCCUUUGAUAAAUUCACUUUUGAUCUUCCGUCGCCGGGUUCUGUUGACUCUGGGAAGACUAUGGCCGGUGAUAUGGAUAUCAAGGACCGCGUUCAAUACUGGGGUGAUAUUCCCGUUGACUUUGAUGCUUCGAUCUUUGAUGCUGCUGAAGCUAGUAUUAAGUACCUUGUGCUUACGAAUACUUGGCCUAAGUUUAUUAAGGAUCGGAGAACUUCGCUUGCUUCGAUCGAGACUCUCAAGAUGGGAAUUGAGGUUUAG